CUUGUGUUGUGUUGCAGAGUAGAGCUCCUCGGUGCAUAUAAUAUCUCUCGGCCUUCGAGGCAUACUACAUAUUGUUUUGCUUACCUCUCAAUCAAGAACGACAUACUAGACUUACUAACAAGAUAAGCUUACACGGUUUUUUCCAGCAUCAAAUUUUCAAAGAAAGUCCGUGGCCAGAUCAUAGGUCGAUAUCGCUCUUAGCUCGAAUUACCAGGGUCCUCUUGGCAUCCACUUUGGGUCUCGGCAAAUAUAAACGACUUCGUCUCCCUAACGAAGAUAGUCACGUCUUAGGACCGACAAAACAACACCAAAUAAUCAAAUCACCUGUCUCCUCUGCUGGUAUUCAUACGUAACGUCAACAAUACGCAGCUGAGAAGGUGAGGUUCCACAAGGCGCCAUGGAGAAAGCAGCGGAGGCGCAAACACCAAGACUAUCGGUGUCUAAACCCGACGGCAACACCACAUCCUCGACUGUGUCAAUGCAAGAGAAAGAAGAAGGCGGCGAUUGGGCGCCGAGGGGAGAAGGAGAAAGCGAAUCGGCACCGGAUGGAGAGAAGGACCGGGGGAACGAAGAACCAUCUGCGUCCUCAUCGACGGAUAACAUAGCAGCGGAAAAUAUCGAAACCGGCGACUACGUAUCGGGAUAUAAGCUUGGACUCCUGCUGUUCAGCGUCACCACCUUCUUCUUCCUUCUUAUGCUGGAUAUGUCGAUUAUCAGUACGGCCAUCCCGCAGAUCACCUCGGAUUUUCACAGUUUACAAGAUAUCGGAUGGUACACAGGUGCCUAUCAGCUUACCAGUGCCACGCUACAACCCUUAACCGGUAGAGUGUAUACCCGUGUUAGCGCGAAAUGGAUAUUCCUAUUCUUCUUUUUCAUCUUCGAGGUCGGUUCGCUCAUAUGUGCCGUCGCCCAAUCUUCAACCAUGUUUAUCAUCGGACGAGCCGUCGCUGGACUGGGUAGCUCGGGACUUCAAAACGGCGCCUUGACUGUUAUUGCCGGCGCUGUUCCCAUGGAAAAGAGACCGGUUUACAUGUCCCUUAUGAUGGCCUUCGGACAGAUGGGUCUCAUCACCGGGCCCUUGAUCGGAGGUGUCUUCACGCAGUACGUGACUUGGCGGUGGUGCUUCUACAUUAACUUGCCGCUUGGCGGUCUUGCCGGACUCUUCCUUUCCUUCUUGCACGUGCCGGACCAGACCGCUAAGCCGCGAGUCACCUUCAAGUUACUCCGCAAUAUUAUUCCGGACCUUGAUCUCGUCGGCUUCGCCAUUUUCGCCCCGGCUGCUAUCAUGUUCCUACUGGCUCUACAAUUCGGCUCUUCCGAGUACCCUUGGAAUUCGUCGACUGUUAUUGGCCUCUUCGUGGGCGCUGGUGUAGCUUUCCCUAUUUUCCUGUACUGGGAGUAUCGAGAGGGUGAUAAAGCAAUGAUUCCCUUCUCCAUGGUGCGCAAGAGGGUCGUGUGGGUUAGCGCUAUGCAGUUCACUGGUUUGAUGACGAGCGUCUUCGUCGGCGCUCAGUUCUUGCCCAUCUACUUCCAGUCCGUCAAGGGUGUAGGACCAACCCUAAGUGGUGUUUAUAUGUUGCCAAAUAUCAUAUCCGGAGUGCUGUUCAUCAUUCUCUCUGGGGCGCUGAUAACGCGACUUGGCUACUACCUCCCAUGGGCAGUAGUUGCUGCGGCGGGUACAACUGUUGCCGCCGGCCUUAUUUCGACCUGGUCCCCCAAUACCUCGACGGGAGAAUGGAUUGGCUACCAGAUCAUUUACGGAUUCCGUGGCUGUGGUAUCCAGGUCGGUCUUGUGGCGCUUCAAUACGCCCUUCCGCCCGCCCAGAGCGCACUUGGAACCGCAUUUCUCAUCUUUUGCCAAAAUUUCUCGGCUGCCGUCUUUUCCGUGGUUGGUAACACCAUUUUCACGCAGACUUUGCUCAAAGAGAUUGUGAGGCUUGCGCCAUCUGUGAACCCGCAGGCAGCCCUAGCUGCGGGUGGUAGCGCGGAAGCGGUCCGGGCCUUAGUGCCACCGGGAAGUCCCGAACUCGCUGGCGUGAUACAAGCCUUUGCCACGGCUUUCGACACGGUGUGCUACAUGUUAAUUGCUUGUGCCGCCUUAAGUUUCGUGGCCUCGUUUGGUAUGGGCUGGGUUGAUGUGAGGAAGAAGAAGCAGCCUGGGAAGGGAGAUGUGUAGGAGAAGACAUGGUUUAAAAUAGCUAGAAUAGGUAAUUGGUUGGUAUAAUGGUAUAUAUAGGGAGUCUCCCAUUCAUAGCGAUGGAUUGUUCAUAGGCAUUGGUUUCAUUCUUGGAAUUCGGCAGAGGCGCUGGUAUAAAACAGGUUGCAUAUAUGGAUACAACAGGAUACCAUAGAAGAAAUACCCCCUUCAACCUCGGCAUAGAUAGAUGAUUGUAUAAUUAGAACGGCUCUCGAAACGCCUAAUUAAUAGUAUACUUGUUUCGAGCAGUAAAAGCCAUGUGAGGAUUCGUGUGUUAAUGAUGGUGAAAUUACUCGAGUGAUUCCUCGGAGUAGAUAUUUUUUAAACUGCCUCUAGGUGCCCACUUCGCCAACUCCGCUCGAUCCGAGUUAUCAAUAGUCAUUAAUCGGACGAGCUGUGAACCGAGGAUAUAUGAACUCAAGAUCUUGAGGGCAUACCGAAAUAACAU